CGAUCUUGAGUUUCCAUGGAAAACGUGAUAAAAACACUGAGUUUCGAAUGAAUUUGAAAGGUAACAUUCUCGUUACCAAAUUUUAGUUUUUCUUCGUUCAAAAUGAAUUCUUUGAGUCGGGGCUGCUCCUACAGCCCCCACGAAUCCCUCGAAUACACAGCUUUACAGUUCGCAGCUCGACGAGGCUCUUUGGAGCAAGUCCGAUAUUUGGUCGAGAGUGGGACAGACCUUGAUACAGGCCCCGACCCGGCUUUACAUCUAGCCCUCCGGAAACAAAACACAGCGAUAGCACAUGUUCUUCUCCACGCUGGAGCUGAUUUCGAGAUCAAAGAUUCGCAUGGAGACUACCCCAUCCACAUAGCUUGUACUUUAGGGCUUUUAGACGUGGUCCACGCCUUGUGUGCUUUGGGAUGCAGUGUUGAGGUUUUGACGGCAAAAGGGCUCUCGCCCUUGCAUUUGGCGGCCAAAAACGGCCAUUUACACGUCGUUAGGUGUUUAUGUGCAGCUGGGUGCAAUAUAGACAUCCGCAAUUCUGAUAAUAUAAGGGCUGAUAUAACAGCUUUGAAAUAUGGUCAUAAUGACAUUGCCGAACUGUUGGAUAGGUUAAGGGUCACUGGGCAAAGGGACACUUUAGCUCGACAGUUGGUGCCAACCUCGAAACCGGCCCUUAGGUUGAAUUUGCGUCUUUUGGGGCACUCUGGGGUUGGGAAAACUUCCCUAAUCAAGUCGCUAAGUGCCGGGUUGUUUAGUUCUUUGUUUCGGAGGUCGAGUUCGCUCCAAAGCAACAAAUCCCGCCCAUCGUCGCCCAUCAACACCCAGAUCGAAAUGGAUGUCACUUCGCGCCAAAAUUCGCUCAGUUUUGAAAGCAGUGGCAAUUACCAGUCCACCAAUGGCAUUCAUGUGCAAAAUUUGGAUAUAUCAAAUGUUGGCGAAACGACAGUUUGGGAAUUCUCAGGUCAAGAAAACUAUUUUCCCAUCUAUCACCAUUUUCUAUGGCCUUCGUCUCAUUCUCUCACUUUGGUUUUGUUUAGUUUGGAAGAUUCGCCGUCCAUUCAAGUGCAGCAAGUUUGCUUUUGGAUCAAUUUUCUUCUAGCGAGGCAACCGGCCGACUUGCCUUCUUCUUCACAUGGCCAAGUCUUGUUAGUGGCCACUCACGUGGACUUGACUCGGGCUGUGAAAACCCAAAACGGCGAGUGGAUAUGUCCCGACGCCCAGAAAACCCUCGAAACUGUCCGAAAAUUAAUCCCUCAUGUGCCCAAUCUCAUGCCCAGUAUGGUAAUAAUGGACGCCAACGUCCCGGCUUCUUACCCUUUCAAGCAACUGAAGUCGACCAUGGCCGACCUGAAACAAGACUGUCUUCAGCAAACGGUGGGGACCUGGACCGGCCUUCUGGAAUCAACCCUAACCUGGCUCACCUCAAUCCAGAAAGACUACUCGCAAUUUCCCGUCUUAUCUCGUUCCACAUUUUCCGAAUUGUUGCGAAGCCAAGUCAACAUCCUCGCCUCCGACCACCACAUCCAGGAGUUGCUCCAGCAGUUGCACUCCAUGGGGGAGGUCUUCUGCAUUCGGGAUCUGGUCGUGGUGUCGGUCCCGUGGCUCGGGGGGCGCCUCCUGGGGGAGCUCUUCUCGGGCGAUUUUCUCCUCCAUGCGCGCGUCACCGGCGUCUACACCACCGAGGAUUUCCAAGCCAGCUUCAACCAAUGCGACGCUUUAGGGGCCUUAGAUUUACUCGAAGCUUUAGAUGUUUGCGUCCAGUGUGACAUUGAGGGGGAAAUUGAGUACGAAUUCCCCGUUUACAACCAUGUGGGUACUCUUGACGGGUUAUGGGACCCCGAAGACCCCAGAUAUGCGAGCCAGGGGGCGCAAUAUGGGGGCUGGCGGCUGUACACCCCCCCAGGGACUCACCAUCAGCUCAAAUCGAUUUUUUCCCACCUUCAAGUUGAGUUUCGAAGAGCGAUUUUGGCGAAUUAUAGCAACAAUGACAGCGAUAUGGAUUUGUACCAAUGGCAUUUGGGGUCAAAAUUGUGCAACACUGAACUUGAAAGUCUUAUUACUUUGGAGGAGGACGAAGUGGGUUUACAAUUUAUUGAGAUUAAGAUAAGGGGGCCAAAAAAUUCCUCACAAUACUGUUUCUACUUUCUUGAACAAAUUAUGCAAACGGUGAAUCAAGCUUUGGUGAGGGUUUGUCCGGGAUUGUUGGUUGAAAGACACGUUUUGAGCCCUUUGGAGCUCAAAAGACACUCAGAGGGGCCUUUUUGCUACCCCCCUGAUGUCGUUACUACUGCAAUGCUUGAAGCUGAGUCGACCCAAGAUGUGACUUUGUAUAAUCCGAAUCUUGAUGCUCAAGAAACCAUCGCCCAAUUAAUUAUGUUUAACGACUUGGACUUGGCGAGCAACAUCCACUGGGGCUGCGCCCUGAAGAUCCAAGACCUCGCCCCUCCCACCAAACUGAAACUGUGCGGCCUGCUGGACCCCCCGGAGCCCCACGGCCGCGAUUGGUGUCUUUUGGCGCUCCGUUUGGGUCUAUGUCAGGACAAAAUCGCCGCCCUUGAUUCGCAACAUUCCAGCCACACGAUGAGACUGCUGACAACAGCCGAUUGUUCAAUAGGUGCUCUUAUAACCAGUUUGCAUGAAUUAGACCGAGUCGAUGCGGCCGAAGUCGUCCUGCGUUCCGCACCCAUUUUUCAAAUAAUAGAGCAUGUCAGUGUUUAGUCAUAGAGGACACUCUUUUUAGCUCAAAUUUCUUCAACGGUCCAAUGUCUGCUAGUUAGAUGCUUCAGCAGGGUUGCCAGCUCAAAAAAUCCCCAAAAAGUUGCCAGAGUUUCAGUGUUUUUACCAGA